AUGAUGGGAGUACUGAGCAUCCAGAUAGGGCAAUGUGGUAACCAGGUGGGAUACGAAUUUUUCGACAUCCUACAUAAAUAUAUAAGUUGUUCAAAGAAUGAAUGUUUUAAAAGUAAAUUGACUACAAUGUAUUUUGAUGAAGAAUAUAAAUAUGGUAAAAAUCUAUUUCCUAUUGUGCAAUAUGAAGAGAAUGAAGGGAAUCGAAAUGAUAUGAACGUAAAUAAUAAUAUUAUGUGCUUGAAUAAUUUAAUAGCUCGUUGUAUACUUAUAGAUAUGGAACCUAAAGUUAUUGAAAGAUGCUUAUCUCUGAAUAAUAGUUAUGAUGAGUAUAUUAAAAGAAAAGUACAAAAAAAAGAGAAAUAUGAAAAGAUUGUAAAAUAUAAUAGUGAGAAGAGUGUAGAAAGAAAAAAAUAUGACAGUGAUGAAUGUUGUUUACAAUAUGUUUGUGGAUUAGAUGAUUAUUAUGAAAGUAAAAAUAAUUUUUUAAAAAUAUUUAAAAGGAACAAUAAUAAUAAUAAUGAUUAUCAUCAUGAUAAUGAUGAUGAAGAAUAUAAUAUAUAUGCUAAAAGCGAACAUAAUAAUAAUAAUAAUAAUAAUAAUAAUAAUAAUAUAUUAUUUAAAAAGUCUUUAUAUAAUAACAAUAAUGAUAUUUUAAAGAAUGAUAAAUUAAAUGGGAACAAACAUUUAUAUAAUUAUUAUAAAAAUACACAUGAUGAAGAGAAGAACAAUUUAGUUAAAAAUAAUUUAUGCUGUUCCUCUUACUUUACAAAUGAAUGGAAAUUUAAUAAAAGUAAUUAUAUAUGUGGUUUAAAUGGUUCUGGGAAUAAUUGGGCAUAUGGUUUUUAUGUUCAUGGUAAGAAUAUUUGUGAGGAUUUUAUAAAUAUAAUAAAUAAAGAGUUUGAAAAAAAUGAAAGUAAAGAAAGUAUUGAUAAUAUAUUAUUAUUUCAUAGUUUAGCUGGUGGAAGUGGUAGUGGUUUAAGUUCAUAUAUAUCUUAUAUAUUAAAAGAUGAAUAUCCUAAAACGAAUCUAUUUAAUAUAUGUAUAUUACCAUAUAUGUUUGGUGAAAUAAGUGUACAAAGUUUAAAUACUAUCUUAUGUUUAUCUUCCCUAUAUGAUUCUUCAGAUGGUUUAAUAUUAAUAGAAAAUGAUAAAUUUGAAUUAAUGUGUAAAAGAAUAAAUAAUGAUGAGAAUAUAAAUUUGGAAGAAAUAAAUAAAUAUAUUAGUUUAUUUCUAGCAUACAAUAUAGGUUUUCCAAUUGAUUUAUCUAAUAGUAAUUAUAAUAAUAAUUGUAACUAUUGUAAUAUUAUGAAUUAUAUAUUAUCCGAUUUAUGUUGUCAUCCAAAUUAUAAAUUACUUUCCACAAGAUAUUUACCACAAGUAUUUAAAGAGAAUAUUAUAUUUGAACAGAAUUCUUUUAAUAUGUUAUUAAAAAGAAUGCAUAGGAUGUUAAUCAAAGGAACCAUUCUUGAUUCUAAUAAUAUAUCUACAAAUGUUACUAAAAAAAUUAGAAAUGAUAUAUCAUGUAAUUAUAUAAUAGAUAAUUAUUAUAUUAAUCGUUUAUCUUCAAGAAAUAUUUUAAAAAAUAAAAAUAUAUUUUAUAAACAAAACAGUUUUCAUAUACCUAUACAUAUGAAUGAAAUAAAUAGUAAUUCAUAUAUUGAUGAAUAUGACAAUUCUGUAUAUUUAAAAAUAAAAAAUAAAAAAAAUAAUAAUAAUAAUAAAAAAAAAAAUGAUUAUUAUUCUUAUAUACAAAAAACAAGUAAAAAUCAAUUUAAUCAAGAUAAUAUUAAUAUUCUAUAUCAACAUAAAAAUAAUUAUCAUAAAACAAAUGAACAUAAUCAUUAUACACAUAAUAAUGUAAUAUUCAAUUCUAAAAUGAUUAUGAGAGGACAAAUUAAUGAAAAUAUAGAUUUACAUUUAUUUAAAAAUCAUGUACUAUAUAAUAAGAAAUCAUUAAAUCCUUUAGAAAUCUAUAUAGAUCAAAAUAAACAAUUCAAUAAUAAUACUAUAUCUAUGAUAUCUAAUUGUCUAACACCAAUACCUACCUUAACACAUAUUUUAGAAAGAGCAAAAUUGUUAUAUUCAACAAACGCAUAUAUAUAUCAAUAUAAUAACUAUGGUGUUACGCAUGAUCAAAUAUACAAUUCAUUGAUGUAUGUUCAGCAAAUUAUUAAUUCAUAUGAAACUUUAUCAAGUGAAUGA